UAGCGCGAGGUUUGUUAUGCAGCCGUUGAGAUUUUUGGAUUCCAGUCGUCCAGUACUGUUCCCAGCGGUCCGCCUGGAUUUCUAAUGAGAGAAGUGAAAGGUCGCCUGGCUUUCUGUACGGUUUCUUUUGUUUUUUUCCUCCAGUGAGGGACUGUUGGUAGAAAUUCGGGGUUUGGCGAAUCGGUUUUGUAUGUGUAUAACUAACACACACACUUUAGAAGUGAAGUAGCGUUACCCUCAGUGCCGCUUUUGUCGGUUGGUGCUUUUUAAACAGUUCUCGCGACGUGAAGGUCUGAACACUGAGCUCAGAUACUGUCAGAGUUCAGUGUAUCUGAAUCACAGGAGAGUCAUUUGCAGGAAUUGACUGCAGGACAGCUGUAGGACUUCUCCAGAUCAAUAUCUGUGAAGAUCGUCAGCAAGAAACAUGUCAUCAAAGAUGCAGAGCUCGAAUAACUUAGCGCAGGCAAGAAGAAUCGUACAUCAGCUACGAAUAGAGGCAAACAUUGAGAGGAUAAAGGUUUCUAAAGCAUCUGCAGACCUUAUGCAUUACUGCAGCGAGCAUGCCAAGUACGACCCUCUACUCAUGGGCAUUCCGGCCUCAGAAAACCCUUUUAAGGAUAAGAAGCCCUGCACUAUAUUGUAGUGGGAAGCACUAAUCAAAUGCUCUUUGAUGCCUCUUUUUUUAUAGAGAGAAUAUUUUACCUUAAAGCAUUCAUACACUAGCCUUAAAGUCAGCUAACAUCCACAUUCUCACUCUGCUUUUAUUCUCGUGCCCUCAGGCAGGAGUAUUUCACUUCUUUCAUUUCUGUUCUAUUCAAGAAAACAAGACCAAAAACCUCUAAUUAAACAAGUUUCAUGGUG